AGCGGUGCUGGAUGAAGUGGAAUUGAGUGCAUUUUGUCAAUUUGUAGGCAGGUAAACGGCUUUACAUGGUUAUGUUAGGGGGAAUCAUAACAUGUACAUAAAUCUGAGUGCACUACCUGGUAACAGUCUACGCGAAUACAGAGUCAGGGCGCGCGCAUUAAGAACGACCAUAGAGAAAGGACACAGAUGAAACGACAUGAUGCAUGCUCACUCCUGACUUCACAGCCUGUCAUCUUCCGUCGUAGCCGUCAAUAAGGAGAGGAGACAGGACACCAAUCGCCGGCCAAAUAUAGUAAAAUGUGUAGCAUCCUUGCCAUAAUAAGAAGUCUCCUGAUCGCGGCUCUUCAACCAGUGCCGGCAGGAAUUGAAUCCCCUUGGAGGUUGAAACUUUUCACCAUGCUGAUAAUGGUGGGUGUUGCCCUUGAGCCCUACACUCCGAAGAUACUAAAGAAAAUUUUCGACAAGGGCUCCCGAGAAAGCAUGAGGGCUGCUGGACCAAACGUUCCAUACGCCGACACCACGUUUGACGGAGUGCCGGUACGCGUCUACUCCGACGAGCAGAUGGGGAAGAAUGCAUGUAAACGCCCAGGGAUCGUUUAUUUUCACGGAGGAGGCUGGAGGUACGGUCACGUUGAUAUGGCCCACUCAGUGACGGCAGAAAUGGCGAGAACUUUAGAUGCCGUGGUCGUCUCUGUAGAAUAUCGUCUCACGCCCAAGUACCUCUUCCCUUCAAGUAUAGAUGAUUGUACGAAGGCAACCGUAAGCUUCCUGCAGUGUCUGCAAGAGUUUAAUGUCGACCCGGCCAGAGUAGCUGUCAUGGGAGAAAGUGCGGGCGGAAAUCUAGCGGCCGCUGUAUCGCAGAGAUUGGCCUUUGACCCAAAAUAUAAGGAGUUGCCUAAGCUUAAGAUGCAGAUCCUGCUGUAUCCUUGUCUGCAAGCUUUCGACUUCCAGACACCUUCCUAUCAGCAAAACAGAAACCUUUUGACUGUUGUGAUAGAUAUAAAUAUUAUGGCAGAAUGUUGGGCCGUGUAUCUAAACAACAGACCAUCUCUGAAGCAUCAGAUGACCUCAAACAAGCACACUUCGGUAAAGGCGAAGGGAUCCCCCUUGGUGAAAAAAUGCCUGUCCCAUGAUCUCAUUCCGGAUGAGUUUAAGAAGAGAGGUUACUUUGCGCCUUCAACCGACUUCGGGGAUGAAGGUAUUUACAACGACAUCAAAGGAGUUCUCUUGGAUCCAGACUACGCACCUCUCAUGCGAGAAGACCUGAGAGGACUCCCAGAGGCGUACAUCCUGACUGCUGAGUAUGAUGUCUUGAGGGAUGACGGCAUCAUGUACGCCAAGCGACUGGAGAAGGCUGGAGUGCCGGUCACUUGGAAGCACUACGAGAAGGGAUUCCACGCGAUGUUUAGUACCAAGAAUGGGCCAUUGACGUCGCCAUCAGGCGAUGUGGCAGUGGCAGAUUUCUUCGAAUUUGCAGGGAGGAGUCUGUGAUGAAUAUUUAGUUGUAGCAACAAAGUAAACUUAAUAACAUAAUUCUUGAUAAAUUAUCAGAACAAACUACUACGAGGCUUACUUUUUAUUUGGAGGUAAUCAUCCACAGAUUUGUCUGUCUGCGUGAGUAGAUGAAAUCUUCGAGUGUAACUCGUGCAGGCAUCUCCGACUUUUCUAACUUCGAACCCUUUUCUUGGCAAAUCGAUAUUCGAGUGGUCAGACGUCUACAAAGAGAAGUAGAGGUUUCUGUUCUAAUUCAUGCGCACCAGAUGCUGGUUGCCAAAGCGCACUUAUCAUUCAGUUUCUCAAAUAAAGUUGUGUCAUAUGA